AUGGCUCCUCCGAAGAAGGCCACGGCCUCGCCCACGCCAGGACCGUCGUCCGGUCCUGGUGGCCGUAAUCUCGUCGGCGAUGCUCUGUAUGCCUGGGCCACGGAGAACUACGACCCAGGCUACGUCUUCUCGCAACAGGAACUAUUAAGCGCCCCAGUGAUACCAAAUGCAGAUGUCACCGUGCUCCUUCCCACCGUGGACUACCUGGUCAGAAAGUCCCUUUUUCGACUCCACGACAGAGCCGGAGGUGCUAUAGGCUGGGAAUUGAUCGACUUAGAAGUCGCAAAAAACUAUUCCGGCCUCAGCCGCAACGAGGCGAUCGUUCUCCAGGUCAUCGAAGGCGCAAAGAACUCGGGAAUAUGGACAAAGCAGAUCCAGACCAAGACCAACAUCCACCAGAACACGGUCGAAAAGGUGUACAAGGCGCUGGAGUCCAGGAACCUGAUCAAGCAGAUGAAAAGCGUUGCUCACCCGCAGCGGAAGAUGUACAUUUCGGCAAGCUUGAUACCCUCGGAAGACGCGACCGGUGGUUCAUGGUUCUCCGAAGGUGUUCUUGACCAAGGCUUGAUCGAUACCAUUUCUGACGUUAUCGAAGCCUACGUCUCCAAGAGCAGCUGGCAGGAGGUCACUCUGGAGGAACACGAGGAGACCAGCCUUGGUCAGAAACGCAGGCGACCGUCCGAUGGCUUUGAAGAACAUGGCAACGAUAAGCUCAAACUCGCAAAAACUAUCGAUGGGCAGAACAAGACCAAACCUGUCAAGCAGCAUGGUCCCUCGAAAGCCUACAAGCCCUUCGAACCUGGGCACUCACGUUAUCCUACUCUGCGCGACAUCACACGGUACCUCCUCGAGUCCAAAAUCACCGCCACGGCCCUACCUCAAAACGCCAUUGCCCAGCUGCUGCAGGUGAUGAUCUACGAUGACCGGCUUUUCACCCUCUCCCGUGUGGCCCAAGCCAGCGAAGUAGCCGACAACUUCGACAACAAUACGGUAACAAUGUACCGAUGUUUCAAGACGCCACUGGAUCUUAUGGAGCAGCGUUCCAUUGCCAAGCGCAAGAUGCACAACGACGAAAAGACCCGGAUCGCCGCCUACCGACUCGAAGAACUAGAGGCCCUUGGUCCAGGAGGAGCAAGUGAGGUCCCCUGCAUGAGGUGUCCUGUCUUCGACAUUUGUGGCGAGGGUGGGCCUGUCAAUGCGGUGACGUGCACGUAUUUUACGAAGUGGUACGACAAUCUUGAGCAGGCGGAUCAGGAGAAGGAGGCAAAGGAGAAGAGAAUCAAGGAAAGAGACAAACCCUUGGUGGAUAAAGGGAAGGGCAAGGCGCAGGAGCUACCCAUGGCCAACAAGGAUAGGGGGCCAGGUAUCGAGGUCGAGCUGGAGGAGGUGGAUCCCUUAUAG